AUGAAAAUUGAAGAAGACAUAUAUAUUAUAGUAUCUCCCAACUUAAAACAUUGUUUUAUCAGAUUAUAUUUUAAUAAAUUAUAUGUCAUUAAAUUGCAUUUACCACUAGCAUAUUGUAGUGAUAAUGCUACACUUAUUUUUAUUCAAGGUAUCUGGAGACAUGGAGAUCGUUCACCAACUGAAAAAUAUCCUGGAAGUUUAAAUGAUGAAAAUGAAUGGCCACAAGGUUGGGGUCAAUUAUCACCUUUAGGAAUGAAAGAACAUGUUUUAUUAGGAAAAAAAAUUAAAAAUAGAUAUUAUGAUCAAUUAAAAUUUGUAAAUAAAAAAUACUAUAGUCAUGAUAUUUAUGUUCGUAGUACAGAUGUAAAUAGAACAAUUAUUAGUGCAAUAAGUAAUUUUAUUGGAUUUUAUAAAAAUUCUGUUGAUAAAAAUGAUGUUCCAAAUAUUCCUGAUUGGCCUUCAUCAUAUAUUCCUAUUCCUGUUCAUACUAUUAAUGAUGAUAUUGAUAUUAUUGCUAAUCCUGAUUCACAAUGUCCACGUAGAUAUGUAUUAUAUGAUUUAUUAAAAGAAACACCUGAAUAUAAAAAUUUAACACAAAAAUGUGAUAAAAUUCUUAAAUAUCUUUCUACUAAUACUAAUACUACUAUAACACUUGAAAAUUUAUGGAUUGUACGUGAUGGAAUAUUUAUUGAAAAGACUAAUAACAAAAAGUUACCAAAAUGGUUAAAUGAUAGUAUAUUUUCAGAGAUUGAAGAAUGUGAUGAUACUAUGGAUGAUUUAGAAAAUGGUUAUAAUAUUGCACCAUAUAAAAACUUAGAUAUUGGAUUAGAAAUUUCCAAAUUAAGAGGUGGUGCAAUGUUAAAUGAAAUAGUUAAUCGUAUGGAAGUAAAAAAAAAAUGUAAUGAAAAGGAUAAAUCAGUAGAAGGAAAUUAUGUUUGUAAUCUUAAAUAUUAUGUAUACUCAGCUCAUGACACAACAGUUGCUUCAUUUUUAACUGUUUUAGGAAAAGGUGUUAAAAGUCAACUUGUUCCAUAUGGUUUACCACAUUACUCAGCUGCAACAUUUAUUGAAUUAUGGUAUGACAAUGAUAAAAAAGAUUAUUUUGUAAAAACAUUAUAUGUUUAUCCACCAAAUGGAACAUUUGGUAUUGAUUUGGAAGAAAAAAAAUUUUGUAAAUUUAAUGAAACUUCUUUAGAAAAUCCAAAUGAGAAUAAUUUUUGUGAUUUUACAAAAAUUCUUCCAAAUAAUGCUAAUGGAUUAAUGACACUUGAUCAAUUUUCUAAAAAUGCCCAACCAUAUAAUAUUCAGUCUUAUUCUAGUUUAUGUUUAAAUACUAAUGUUAAUUUUGGUAAUGGUAAUAAUGCUGUAAAAACAACAGCUGUUUCUAGUUUCAUAAUGUUUGUUUGUAUCUUUAUGCAAUUUAUUCUUUCAAAAUAA